AUGUCUAACAAUACAAUAAGAGCAAAGAAACGAGCUUUGGUUGAGGCAUUUUCAUCGUCCUCAAAUUCAGAACCUGAAGAAACACCAAACAAUACUCAAAAUGUGAAUUCAUCUGUAAUUAUUACUACAGAUGAACUGAACAAUCUUAGUCCCAAAAAACCCUCCCAAACUCCCAUGAAAUCCUCAGCCAUUCUUCAGAAUAAGAUGAAAGAGUAUGGAUCUAAAUCAGUAUACUGCAAGCAAAAUAAGAUUGCCCUUGAUCAAUUAGGAAGACUAUUGAAACAAUUUGAUAAUGGUAGUUUGACUGGAAAAGAAACAUUAGCAAGAGGUAGAAAAUCUCUAAAAUUAACAAGUGAUGAAAUUGUUUCUGUAAUUACUGAUAUUAGAUCCCAAAGAGAUGCUAAAAAGCAAAUUUCAGAUACUGCAAUCCAUGAAGCUAUCACAAAAAUUACAAAUAAGACAGUGAGCACUGAUACAAACAAACAAGGCCUUAAAACAUAUGUAGAUAGCCAAGUUGAUAAUGGAUAUGUUCCUUCAUGUAAUCAUAUCAAAGAAAAAGAUACAUUCUUGGUAGGAGUGAAUACUGUUGGUGAAUUCUUGCCAAUAAGUGUUGUUCUUUCUCAAGAAAAAAAAAAGAAGACGAUUGCAGGUGAGAAAACUACUAUUCAAGAGAAAUAUUGGCAUUUAUUAAUUUUUGAACAAGCUAUUGGUAAAUGGAUGAUUUUCAGCGCUUUUGAAUAUAUUGAGGAAUUGUCAAUUAUUAUUAUUGAAACAAAACUGAAUAAGCUCAGAGAUUCUUCCUCAAUACUUAAUACAUAA